GGAGACUUUAAAAAAGCCCUCAAAGCUCCCAAGAUCUAAUCAGAGGUGGGGGUGGGAAUGCAGGCACACUGCUGCACUUCCUUUGGAUCUGCCCCUGUGUACCUGUGUCUAUACCAGUACCAUCUUUGUAUGCCCAUGGUAUAAGUGUAUGAACGCUGUGUGCCCCUGGAGGCUGGGGGGCAUGGCGACCUCCUGCAGGUGGUGGCGACACUGUUGGAAAUGGGAGUAUGGCAGCGGCAGUUUCAUUGGUGUGCGGGGGUAGAGAAUGGUGACCUUUUUGCAGGGAGUACACCGCCACGCUCGGGGUGCAUGUGCACCUGCGUGCACCUUCUAUAUUUCGCCAAGGUACAAGUGCCUUUGGCUGUUGUACACACAAGAAGGGUGAUGUUUUUCACCAAUGAUAAAAGACAUUUUAUGAAUCCAAGGUACCAUUGCUUCCUUACUUGAUUACAAUUUAAAGGCCAAGUGGUUAACAGAUUUGUUUUGGUUGGGGGGGUGACGUCAGAUCUAGACGUUUGAAAAGAGGGGAGGGUACAUAUGGUAUGGAACAUUGUAACAUAUUAACACCAAAACUACUUUUCUCCAGUUAAAAAUAAACUAGAAGCUUUGCUAAUAUGCUAGGGGCCCAGGGCUGUAUUAUUCAUCUGAAGAUUGAAGCAAAAACAAACUUGACUUCAUUGGAAUAAGUUACAAACAGACUGCAUGGUUGUGAAAUAGGAGCUUUAUUACCAUAAGCAGCUAAGAGAUUGCAGAAUUGCAGAGUGAAGGCUAGCAUGAAUGGUGGAGCAUCAAGACCAGUGCACACCCCCUGGAUCCACCCCUGGGUGUAUAAAACAUUGGAUAUGUGGAUAAAACACCCAGUUGUUUAGAGAGAAGGUUUGUAGAUGGGGAGCUGAAUAUUUGUUAUAAUGCUGUAGAUCGUCAUGUUGAGAAUGGACGAGGAAACCAGAUUGCGAUCAUGUAUGAUAGCCCUGUAACAAAUAUCAAAGAGGCUAUAACUUUCAAAGAAGUUCUCGAACAGGUCUCCAAGUUAGCAAACGUUAUGGUUAAACAUGGCGUGAUGAAAGGAGAUCGUGUUGUCAUCUACAUGCCCAUGAUUCCGCAGACAAUGUUUACUAUGUUGGCAUGUGCAAGAAUAGGAGCCAUACAUAGCCUCAUUUUUGGUGGAUUUGCAUCGAAGGAGCUUUCUACUCGAAUUGAUCAUGCAAAGCCAAAACUCAUUGUAGCAGCAACUUUUGGAAUAGAACCAGGAAGGAAAGUGGAAUACAUACCCCUCCUAGAAGGAGCACUGGCAAUGACGCAACAUAAACCUGAAAAAGUUCUCAUUUACCAUCGCCCUAACUUGGGCACUGUUCCUCUUGUCCCAGGUCGUGAUCUUGACUGGGAUGAAGAGCUUGCGAAAGCACAGCCUCAUGACUGUGUCGCUGUUCGUUCAGAUGAACCACUUUAUAUUCUUUAUACAUCAGGAACUACUGGCUUGCCCAAGGGUGUUGUUAGACCAACGGGGGGCUAUGCAGUUAUGUUGAACUGGACCAUGUCGGCUGUAUAUGGACUCAAACCUGGAGAGGUGUGGUGGGCAGCUUCUGAUUUAGGUUGGGUAGUUGGCCAUUCCUAUAUUUGUUAUGGACCUCUCCUGCAUGGAAAUACAACUGUUUUGUAUGAGGGGAAGCCAGUGGGAACGCCAGAUGCUGGUGCUUAUUUCCGUGUGGUAACGGAGCAUGAAGUGGCUGCUUUUUUUACUGCACCAACUGCAAUUAGAGCAAUCCGUCAACAGGACCCUGAGGCAGCCUUGGGAAAGCAGUACUCUUUGACAAGGUUGAGAGCAUUAUUUGUAGCUGGUGAGCACUGUGAUGUGGAGACUUUAGAAUGGUCAAAAAAAGUCUUCAAGGUUCCAGUCCUGGAUCACUGGUGGCAAACUGAAACUGGAUCUGCAAUUACAGCUUCCUGCAUUGGUUUGGGGAAUUCAACAUCACCACCACCAGGACAGGCAGGAAAACCAGUGCCAGGCUACAAUGUGAUGAUUUUGGAUAAUAACAAGCAACCAGCGAAGACCAAGACUUUAGGAAAUAUUGUGGUAAAGUUGCCUUUGCCUCCUGGUGCCUUCUCAGGUCUUUGGGGAAAUCAGGAAAUGACCAAGAAGAUAUAUUUCCAAAAAUUUCCAGGCUACUAUGAUACCAUGGAUGCAGGUUACAUGGAUGAGGAAGGCUAUUUAUAUGUGCUGUCUCGAGUUGAUGAUGUGAUCAAUGUUGCAGGUCAUAGAAUUUCAGCAGGUGCAAUUGAGGAGAUUAUCCUUUCCCAUGGUGCUGUGGCUGACUGCGCUGUUGUGGGCCUAGAGGAUGCUUUGAAAGGUCACGUUCCAUUAGCACUGUGUGUAUUGAGAGAUGAUGUAAAGAUGGAAGAAGAGAAACUUUUGGAAGGGAUUGUUAAAUGUGUUCGACAGAACCUUGGUCCUGUGGCAGCCUUCCAAAAGGCAGUGUUUGUGAAACAGAUACCAAAGACACGUUCUGGCAAGAUACCACGUUCUGCUCUUUCUGCCCUUGUCAAUGGCAACCCAUAUCAGAUAACACCGACCAUUGAGGAUCCUCAUGCAUUUAAACAUAUAGAAGAAGUGCUGAAGAACAAAUAAAAGUAACUGUUGUCCAUCUUAUAGUAUAUUGUACUAACGAACCUCCUAAUGAACUGAAUUUAUAGAGUUUCUAUUCAGCAACACAAGAUAUUUAAAAAUCUGAAAUAAUCUGGGGCUGUUUUUUACUAUAAAGCUGUUACUGUAUUCUUUAUCAUGGACAGCAAAAUAUACUGAGUGUAUAGGAGGGACAUUUUUAUUUUACUGGAUGUUGAGAUGUUUAACUAUGCAAUGGCAAAGAGUUUUAACAGCAUCUUGGAAGGAAGGUCCAUGAAUUCAUAUAUUUUAAGGCAAGAAAGGAUAUUAGAUCCUGUAAUCUGACUUCUUUAAUCACAGGCUCUUGAAUAUUGCUUGGUGCCCCAUCACUUGUAAUUUGUAUUUGCUUAAGGCAUAUCUUUGGAAAAGCCUCCUAAAUCACUUGGAUUUAAAAAUAUCAAGAGAUGGAGAAUCUACCACGUAACUUGGUUGUUUUGUUGCAAUAGAAAAUCACCCUUGGUGUUAAGAAUUUGUUCCUUAUUUUCAGUGUAAAUGGUCUGAUUUCAGUUAUUUUUGUGGCUUUCUCUGGCAGGUUAAAGAGACUUUAGAAUGCUGUUUUUUUCAGUGAAGGCUCUUAUACACUGUACUCAACUCCCCUCUCAAUCUUCUUUUUGAUCAGCUUAAAUGCAUAAGCUUCAUAAGCCUCACUGAUAGGCAUUUUCUCCAGCUCCGAAUAAUGUUUUCCAGUUCCCUUUCCAGUUUCUCAACACCCUAUUUAAAAUAUGGACGAAAGAACUGUCACAGUAUUGUAGUAUCCAUCUCACUAAUGCUGUAUGCAGAGGUAAAAUCACCCCUGAUUACUCCUCCUUGCACAAUUACCCUCUUUCCAUGUCAUCCAACUGAAAGGUCAUUUUGUGGCUUUUGUCCACUAUAACUCCUAGAUUAUUUUCAGAGACUGCUUUCCAGUGAGCUUUGCAUUUGGCUAUGUUAAAAUAUAUUUUGUUCAAAAUGGUUUACCAGUUUACCAGGUGCUGCAAAUCAUUAUGUAUGCCUACCCUUUUCUCCUCACUAUUUAAUCUUCUGCUGCUCCUUGUGUCAUCCCCAGAUUUUUAUCAGAAAUGAUUUCAAAUACUGGAUUUCCAGAUAAUGGAUACAACUUGUAGAAUUGUAUCCAAAUUAGUUUUUUUACCUCUGCUGAAUUUUGUUAGGAUCACCACUUUUUAGAGGGUGCACCAUUAACAACUAUUUUUAAAUCUACCAAAUAGCUGGUUCUUAUCCUAGUUAAUUGUUAACAUGUGCUUCAUUGAUUUUAUGUAGUGCCAAUUUUUUAAUCACCAUGUCAUGCACUAAGUCAGUUAUCUUACAUCAUGCUGUUAGAUCUAAGCUGCUACCUUUAUUAACCAAACUUGCCAUCUUAUCAAAGAAUAAAAUUAAGUUUGUUUGGCAGGACCUAUUCUUUUUCCAUAAAAUCAUUAUAAUUGCAUUAAUUACAUUUCUGUGCUUUCAUUCUUCAUCAAUUGAAUUUCAUAUCACCUGUUCACUGUUUUGCCAAGGACUGACAUUAACCAGCCUGAUUUUCACUCUUGGUACAUUUAGUACUGUUUUAGUUUUCUAGAACUUCCCCAGGAUUCCAAGAUUAAGAGUUUACAUCAGUGGUCCAGUGAUUUCAUCAGUUAGCUCUUUAAAGGUUCUUGGGUACCAGGUUAGGCUGAUAUACAAAUAUGCAUCUGUAAUGGAUGAUUUUAACAUCCUCCUUUAUUACUGAGAGAAUAGAAAGUACUUUUAUCAUCUCCAGGGUGUACAAGCAUCUUGUUCUGCUUUUUGCAAACACACAAUAGAAAUAUUUUUGACUAUUCUUCCCUUCUGUGCAUCAUUAACAAUAUCAACAUCCCUGCCAUUAAUAGGGAUAUGAAAUUCCUGGAUUUCUUUAUUCUAAUAAACUUGAAAUGUCCCCUUUUUUAGUGUCUUUAGCCCUGCAAGUCAUAGUUGUUUUCUAUGUCUUUAGGUUUCCUUACCAAUUUAUGUUGUACAACUUUUGAAUUAAAUCAGUUGCUUUUUUGUUUCCUCUUUUCCCCCAUUAUAUGGAAUUAUAUUUAACUGGUGCCCUCACUUUGCUACUGAAUCAGCAUGGGUUUUUAUUCAAAGUUGUUCUUUUUUCUUGCUUCUGGGAUUGCAGCUCUUUGACCAAAAUGUUUGUGGUGGAAGAUACUCAUUUGUCUAUUUCUUACUUUAAGAUUAUUUUACAGUUGAGAGAGGAAAAAACUCAAAGCCUUUUAAGACCAUAUGUCUUCCUAAAUAUUGCAGCUAUAGCUCAUACAGAAGCUUUGUGCAGUGAUUUCUUCGAUUUGACUUGCGUGGCUUUCUUUGGUUUGUGUUAUACAGGAGGUCAGACUUAGGCUUCUGGCCUUAAAGUAUAUGAAAAUCUGUUUAUGACUCACCCUUGAUUUAUUGUUAAUUGUAAUAGUGUUGAAUGAAAAACUAUGAUGUGGAAACUUGUGUUAAAGAUGGACCAUCUGAUUACACUCUGAAUUUGCUGACCUCCUUAAUUUAUGUCAUUCUUAUGAAAGGGAUAACCAGCUAGUAUCUGUCUGUACUGUUGCCAUGUAACCACAUCCUUCAACCUCAUUGUGACCUUAUAUGACCAAAGAGUUAAUAAUGCAGCUAUUAGAGAGCCCAUUCCUGCAAGGUGUUCCAGAGUGCUGAGAGUUUGCUUGAGUGACUUUAUGCUUUUGGGAGAUCCUUAGGUGUUAAAGAGGCUCAGCAUAUCACCAGACGGAUUCCAUACCACUGUAAUUUGCUGCUUUACUGUCAGGUAGUAUCUUUUCACUGCAUGAUGCAUUUAAUAACUUGCUAUUCUUUUUAGAUA